CGCCCCGAAUUGCGGGACGCAAUGACACUAUUUAAAUAAAUUUGGGUCAGACUCUGAAGCUGCAUAAUGCUGAUGAAAUAGCUAAGGGAGUUUUACGGAUCCAUUAUAACAUGGUCUGCUGGGAUGGCUUCUAAGCUCAUGGACAGACUGCGACGGACACUGUUCAAAGAAGGAGAAGUAGUCUCUAAGGAGCCAAUUGUUGUAACAGAGGAAAGCUUCCCAGAGAGUUCUGAGUUAGAGGACGAUACAGAGUGUCUAUCAGAGCGGCUUGGGGGAACACUCUGCUUUGAUGGGGAGAGUGCCCUGGAAUCAGAAGAUCCAGGUGAGGCCUCAGGACCAGACAGUGAUUCAGACUACCUUGGAGAGUCCAUGGAGGAUGGAUUCAGCAGCACAGACACCAGCCCAGAGGGCCCGUCUCCUGGAGGCUCAUCCCUGCUCACACGUCAGCUGCAGGAGAGCUGGAGGAGCUUACGAAGCCGCAGUGUGCCUCAGAAGCUGGUGUUUGAAGUGACUGAUGCCAGUGUGGUGCAAGAGAGUUCCUCCAAGUAUGUGCUCUACACCAUCCAUGUGAUUCAGUCUGGGAUGUUUGAUGAAACCCCCGCCGCCAUCACCCGGCGAUACACCGACUUUAAGCGCCUGCACAGCUGCCUUCGCCGUCGUCACAGGGACGACAUGGAGCGAGUCGGUUUCCCCCGCAAGAAGCUGCGUAAAAACUUUGUGGCUGAGACCAUUGCCAAGCGUAGCCGGGCGUUUGAGCAGUACCUGACCCACCUGCACUCGCUGGCUGAGCUGCGGCGCUCGCCCACCUUUCUGGAGUUCUUCUACCUGGGUGACCUGCAGGCUGGCCAGAUGCUUAUGCGUGUGGGCCGUUACCAGGAGGCCCUGGGCCCUCUGCUCAAUGGCCUGAGGCUCCAGGAGAAGCUAGGCUGUGAGCAGCAGGCAAAGCAGCAGCCCCAUCACCAGCAGGGCACCCACUGGCUCUUCACCCUGUUGGCCCUGGUGACCUGCUUCCAGGAGCUGGAGCAGCUGGGGGAGGCCCAGGUGCACUGUGACCGAGCCCUGAGGGUCCUGGCUCCCUCACCGGAGGCCUUGCAGCAACACCACUUCCACCCACUGCUCAUUCCUCUCCUCCAGACCAAUGUCAGACUGUCAUGGAAGAUCUCUAAGGAUAAGCGGCAGUGGGAGGUGCUGCUGCAGGAGAUCCAGGACUCUGGGGCUGAUGUAGGGAACCAGCCCAGCCUGAAGGAGUACCUGAUGAAGGAGACCCUGGUGGAGAGCGAGGGAGACGCUAAAACCAAGAUCAAAAGGGACGACACCACUUAACACAAAGAUAAUGGUGCUCAUAGUUAUGAGGAAAGCACUUCAUGUAACCUAGUAAUGGGGGAUUUGGUCUUUGGUCUCUUGACAUGUAUUUUCCACAGCACUCUAGAGGAGUCCGUGAACUGUUUCUGACAUUCUAAUGAAUACACUCAACUGACCAAGUCAUGCACAAUAAGCAGAAAACAAUCACACGUUAUAGAUUGUCUAUAAGUAUUUGCUUGGAUUGUUUUACCUUGUAAAUUGAAAACACUUAAGUAAUUUUUAUCCACAUUAUAUUUGAUAGUUGCUUUGAAAGAAAUACAACUUUUUAUUAAAUGUGUAUUUUUCCAAAA